AGGUCAGAGAAGGAGAGCCUGCAAAGCAGCCUGCUGGAGGCUGAGCAGCACAUAUGGGAGCUGGAGAUGGCCAGGAGCCGUGUGGAAGCCCAAGUGCACAGGGCCAGGCAGGCCAAGGAGGCGAUACUGGAGGAUGUGAGGGGCCUUCGUCGUGAGCUGCUGGCUGUAAGAGCUCUCAGCCAGCAGCAAUGUGAAGACAUGGCUGAACAGCUCCACUGGGCACAAGAGCAGUGCUGCAAGGCUCUGAGACUCUGGCACUCUGCCCAGGAAGAGGAAAAAAGGAAUCUCAUGCAAGAACUGGAGAGACAACUGGAAGAGCAGCAUGUGGAGGCACGGAAGCAGCUGGAGGAACGGGCAAACUUCCUGGCAGAGAUACAGAGGGAGCAGGAGAAAAGGCUGCUUGAGAUGAAGGGGGAAAUUGCCGUCAUGGAAGCUGAAGAAGAAAAGCUACCAAGCAGAGGCAGUCAAGAGGCACAGAGUGUGGAAAGAGAGUUUGUGUGCUGUUUUGGACUCCUCUGGGUCCUUAUGGACACUGCUUCCCUGGGCACUGUCUGUCUGGGUGGCAUUGUGUCCUGGUUUAGGGCAAGUUUGGGAGAUAACCCCCAAAGGGGCUUCUCUAUAAAAGCAGAUUCAAUUGCCCCUCCCCCCUCUAACCAGUUCGGGAGAAAAUAUCUCCUUGGAGAAAAAGUGGAAAGAAACCUGUUUAUUAAACAAUAGAACCCAAACAAUAUUAAACAAUAAAACUUCUCACUGCUCCAAAGAAAGCAAACUCAGAACAGUCCCCUCCCCGGGUUGCAGCUCGGCUCACUCAGUCUUUGAUCAGUCUCUCUGGUGCUGGAAACGCCGCGGCCCAGGCCCGGCCAGGGGGCCACAGGUGGAGCUGCCGGUGCUCUUCUGGGUGUUCAGUCCAGAGCAGGCUUGAACAGGUCCAAGAAAAAAGGAAAAAAAUCACAGUCCAGGGAACUUCUUUGCCUCAGCUAGCUAAAACUAACUAAAAGCAGAAAAAAAGGGAAAAAGGAGCACUGUCCGGCUGUCUGUCCAUCCGCAGAAAACACAGUCCAGGAGCAGGAAUGUGGAGGAGUGAGAGCAGUCCGAAAACAAACUGCGCGCUUCUUCCCUCCCUUCUUCACUGUCUAGAAGAGAGUCUUAAAUGUGUAAAACUUAUUAUUCGGUAUAAACAGAACAAGACGAUUGGGGAUAAAAGCAUUAUAUAGUCAACCCAGGACACAGCAGAGCUCUGAGACCUCUUCCCUGACAGGAACCGACCGCUUCAGUGAACUUUGAACAGGUCCUGGCUUGGCUCUCUAGCGGGGCCAGAAAUGAUGGGAUACUAAGCAUGGGUGUGCAUCUGCCCCUGCUGCCUUCUCCCCCAUUCCUUGCCAUGGCAUGGGGGCCCUGGAGCAAGCUGGGCAGGCAGAGACCUUGCAGAGAGCAGCAGGGCAGGGAGCUCUGCUGAACUCCCUGAAUGGCAGUGAGGCUGAGAUGAUGGAUGUGUGGGAGCUAGAGAGCAGCGAGCAUCCUGAGAGCUCAGCAGCAGCAUCUGGGCUCCAAGGCUGCUGGGGAAGUGUAGGAGGGAAGGGCAGCAGCAGAAGGAAUGAGGGGCUUGAGACAAGCAGGUUUGGACAUGCUGCAGAAUGGCUUUGUGGGAUUUGGCUGGAGAUCAGCACUGGCUGUGAGACACGUUAGGGGCAAGGAGGGAACAGUGAUCUAAACCCACUGCCAUGGCAUCCAAAAGGCCAGGGGAGGCAGUGGCACCCCAGAACACCUUGAUGUCAAACAUGUGGAUGCCAGCUGGGAAUGCAGCCACACUUGCAAAGGAAUGAGCGUGAGGGGAGAGGUGUCAAAUGUUUGACAUGGUCUCUCCCUGUCCAGUUCCCUUUGCAUUCCCCAUCCUGUGCCAAGCUGCUGCAUCAGUUUGUCUUGUUUAUUACUGCCAGGUCCCAGUUGAGGACACAUGUAAAUGUCUUGAGGCAGAGUGGAGGCAAGUGUGGAUGAUUGAUCUGAGCACUGUGUUCUACUCUUUCCAGACCUCCUUGCUGUGCUCCACUGGCGGGGAAAUGAAGAGGAAAUCAUUGGGAAAAUCUUUGAUCCCCCGUCUACGCAAGGCAGGAAUUCCCCGUGUUGGCAGUGCUGCGGGGUCUCUGCACAGCUCUCCCCAGAUGGAAUUGCAGGAGUCCCAGGAGAUGAGGGCAAGACCCAGCACCAGAAGCCAAGAGAUGAGCCCAGAGUAUGCAGCUCUGACUGGCUACCCUCUUGCCAAGAGGUUUUCCCUGGCAAGUCCCUCGAUGCUCCUUCCCUCCAAGCCGUUGCCCCCCAUCCAGAGGAGCUCUCCUUCUGCCACGCCAAGCAAGAUGUGCAGCAGAGAGCAGGAGACUGGGAAUGCUAGCAAUGGCUGGGAUGAGGAGAGUAGAAAAAGCCAGGAGCUCAGAGCAGAGGGAAAAGGAAGAGAGACCUCCUUGCUGUGCUCCACUGGCGGGGAAAUGAAGAAGAGACAAUUAGGAAAAUCUUUGAUUCCCCGUCUGCGCAAGGCAGGAAUUCCCCCUGUGGGCAGUGCUGCUGGGUCUGUGCACAGCUCUCCAAAGAUGGAAUUGCAGGAGAUGAGGGCAAGACCCAGCACCAGAAGCCAAGAGAAGACCCCAGAGCAUGCAGGCCUCUCACUGGGUCAGGCCAAGGAGACAGAUCAUCCCAGCAGUCCUGGUCUUAGGAGUGAAAAAGAGCUGAGGGACAGCUUUGGAAAGACCCGCGCUGAAUUGUGCAGGUUGGCUAAAGAGAACUUAGAGCUGAAGAAAAUGGAGAUUUUGAUGGAAGAGAUGAAGAGGAGACAAAAUGAAAAAUCCUUGCAGCUUCCUCCAGAGACAUUUGAGCCUGGGGAUGCAGCUGAAGCAAGCUCCUCUUUGGUCCCUGCAGGCUUCAGCCUACCACCUAUCAAUGGCACAGCUCCCAGUGUACAGAGAAAAGACCCUGGUAGCGCCAUGAAGAAAACGGUCGUGAGAAAGCAGGACAUGGUGCCCUUACAGCCCAGUACGCCCACCCUCCCUGGAGAUGGCAGCUUCCCACGCAGCUCCUCAGUGACCUCGCAGACAGCCACUGGUGCCCUGCGCCGAGAGGAGCCGCUCCGUGGGCUCAGGCAGAAGGACAGAGCCUUUUCGGACCCACAGCAGGCCUUGCAGGAGGCACUGUCCUUGCUCGGCAGCGAUGACUGGGAACGGAAGAAGAAGGGACUCUUGAACAUCACACUGCUGGCUGAGUCCCAUUCAGAAGUCCUGCUCUGUCGACUUCGUGAGAUUUGCUUGGCAGUUACCAGAGAGGUGACCAACCUCCGGUCCAACGUGUCCUGCUCUGCAAUUGUCACUCUGGGAGAGCUCUUUGCGAUCUUGGGGAAGGACAUGGACUCCGAGGUGGAUCAGAUUGCUGCAGUCCUUCUCCACAUGUUGCGGAACUCCCCAGAGUUUAUUCAGAAGGCAGCCUGUCAGAGCCUGGGCAUGAUGGUAGAGAACGUGACUCCUACACAAGCAAUGACUGCUCUCAUGGACAAUGGAGUCAAGAGCCGCUACGUCCCGGCACGGAAGUGUACGGCCGAACUCCUCCUGUCCUUGAUGGAGAAAAUGGGAGUCACGAAGCUUGCAGGCACACCCAGGGCUGAGAGGCUGGCACAGGUGGCAGGGACACUUGCUCAGGACAGUCACAAGGACACGAGGCAUUAUGGACAGGAGAUGGUGAAGAUGUUGCUUAGUAAUCAAAAAUUUAAAAAGCUUUUGGAACAAUCUCUUUCCACGCAUGACCUGGAAGAUAUCCUGAAGAGAAUUAAGAAGAAAGAAUACUGCCCUGCUGUCAAGCCCUGUGGAGCUGGAAGAAGCUUGGGGAUGGAAAACCAGAAGGCUGAACGCCCACCUGUGCAGGAGCCGGUGAAGAAGAGGAAUGAUGGCUCCCAGAAGCCCCAGGCCACAUCACCUCCUAGCAAACGGGCAAAGUCUGCCACUGAUGGACGCCACCUACACCGUGCAAGAGCCCAGGUCACGUUACCUGCAUCUGUGGAAGAAAGGGAGCUGCUCCAGAAGCUUUACCAUCUCCUGGAAGCCAAGGCGUUCCAGACACGGAUGGAAGGAGUGGCACUCCUCCUAGACCUGUCCAAAACCAGACCCCAGCUGAUCUCCACUAACAUUGUCAAAAUUUUUGAUUAUUUUGGCCUGAGAAUCUGUGACACACAUAAGAAAGUGAAGCAGAAGGCGCUGGAGGCGCUGGCAGAAAUCAUAGGACUGCUGCAGGAUGCCAUGAACCCAUUGAUGAUCCGUUUGGUUGAAGGCAUAACAAAGAACCUAAACUCAAAGGAUCCCGGGGUUCAUGCUGCAGCUAUGACGGCUCUGGACCAAUCUGUUGUGCAUUUAGAUGAAGUAUCACUGAUGAAAGAGCUCUGCCACCAAUGGAGACAACUGAGUGGCCAAGCUCUGCUGGAUGUCACGGAGCGUAUCACAGUGCUUGUGGAAUGGGCUCAUGCCAGGAGCCCUGAAGCGGUCGAGCGCUACGCCCUGCCCGUGCUCUGGUCCUGCCUGGAGAACAAGGCGCUGCCUGUGCGAAGCACCAACGUCUGCGCUGUGGUCACCAAGCUGGCCUGUGCCCUCUGCGAGGCACUGGGCAGCCAGAUCAUUAAGUUUGCUGACAGCACACCUCCACACGUGCAGGAAAACCUCAACAGCCUUCUGGGCUGGUGAAGGUUUGAUGUUCUCCAGAAAGCGGACAAAUUUCUGAGCUGGACACCACCGGACGUGACUUUUCAGCUGUGCCAGAAAUGACAAAAUACUAAGGAAGGGUGUGCAUCUGCCCCCGCUCUGUUAUCAGCAUUGCCCCUCCUAGUCAUGACACGGGGGGCCAUAAGCAACUGCAGACUGAUGACAAGGUAAAGAUGAAGUAUGGAUCAGCCUCAAGUGAACCUAGACUGAGGAAAAGGUGAAGACUAAGCAUGGAUCAGCCUGAAGCAACUGCAGACUGAGGACAAGGUGAAGACCAAGCACGGAUCAGCCUCACACAGAGGUGAGAUACGACUGGCUACAGUCUUUCCAAGUUUUCUCUGGACAUUUCCAAUAUUCCCUUACCAGGAAAGUCCUUGCCUGCAGUCCAGAAGUGCUCUUCCCUCUAAGAUCAGGAAGAAGCUGCCGACUGUCCAAAGAAUAUUUCAAGUUAGGAUUUAGGCUUUAGGAUUAUCAAGAAGAGGAUUCACCAAGAAGAGCAUUCAUCAAGAAUAGGAUUCAUCAAGAAGAGGAUUCAUCCAGAUUAGGAUUCAUCAAGAAUAGGAUUCAUCCGCAAUAGGAGUUAGGAUUUUGGAAUAGGUUUAGGCUUCAUAGUUACAGAUGUAUCUAUGUUCUGAUAGUUUUGAAUAAACGUGUUUGAUUGUAUAUUUAAA